AUGUCUUCGCCGCGAUGUCAAAGAGGAAGCCGAGGUCUCCUUUGCCAUGUCAGUAGCUCUCUUCGCCUCGGUUCAUCGUCAACGAAUCUCACUUGGGCUUCGUUCCCCAACCACGACGGUCUCAAAUCCUUCACGUCGGCUUGCCCUUUCACCUGGGCGACACUCCUCAACACCUCGGCGGCGCGGUUCUGCUUGUUCACCUCGGCGGCAGUUCCACGUCUCACCUCGGCGGCGGUUUUCUCACCACCUCGGUUUCAUUUGGAAUCAAACCUGGCUUCCACUCUGCCACCUCGGUUCUACCUCGACAAAAGUUCCUCAACGCCUCGGCGGUGCCUUCCUCUCGGUUCUAUUUGA